AUGGCUACGAUCAUUUUGGGAGCGCAGUGGGGUGACGAAGGCAAGGGCAAGAUUGUCGAUGUCAUUGCGAGCAGCGGGAUCCAGUUGUGCUGCCGCGCGCAAGGCGGACACAAUGCGGGACAUACGAUUGUGAAGAACGGCAAGACGUUUGAUGUGCACAUUCUGCCAUCUGGAGUCCUCACAGACGGCUGUGUCAACCUCGUUGGCACUGGCUGUGUUGUCCACGUUCCCAACUUCUUCAAGGAGAUCGAGCAACUGGAGUCAAACGGAAUCAACACCCAAGACCGCAUUCUCGUGAGCGACCGCGCCCAUGUCGAUCUGGACCUGCACACCCGCGUGGACGGACUAGAAGAGGUGGAAUUGGGCAAGGCCAACAUCGGCACUACUGGCAAGGGAAUUGGACCAACAUACUCCACCAAGGCGCAGCGCAGCGGCAUCCACGUCGCGGACAUCUUUGACAAGCCCCUGUUCGAUUCGAAGCUUCGUCACCUUGCUGCUGGCUUCAGGAAGCGCUACGGCGACUUGCUUGUCUAUGACGAGGAGGACGAGAUCAAGCGAUUCGACGGCUACCGCGAGAAGCUCAAGUCGUACGUCGUGGACCAGGUGCCUCUCAUUGAGUCGGCCGUGAAGGGCAAUGUCAAGAUGCUGGUAGAAGGCAGCCAAGCUCUUAUGCUGGAUAUCGACAAUGGAACAUACCCAUUCGUCACAUCGUCCAACACUGGUCUUGGAGGCGUUUUCACUGGUCUGCACAUCAACCCUCGCAAAAUUCACGAAACCAUCGGAGUGGUGAAAGCUUACACGACUCGCGUCGGCUCCGGACCAUUCCCGAGUGAACAGGACAACGAGAUCGGUCAGAAGCUGCAGAAGAUUGGCAGAGAAGUUGGUGUCACAACCGGCCGUUCGAGGCGCUGUGGCUGGCUGGAUCUGGUUGUGGUCAAAUUCUCCAACUCGAUCAACUGGUACGAUGCCAUCAACUUGACCAAGCUCGACAUUCUGGACGAUUUCGACGAGAUCAAGGUCGCGACCGGCUACAAGAACACGAAAAACCAACAGACAAUUACCUCGUUCCCGGCUGAUCUCAGCGUUUUGGACAAUCUCGAGGUCAUCUACGAGACUCUUCCCGGAUGGAAGACAGACACAGUGGGCAUGCGGAAAUGGGAGGAGCUGCCAGAGAACGCGCGUAAAUACGUCCAGUUCAUUGAGGACUUCGUCGGCGUGCGGAUCAAGUACAUUGGAACGGGACCAGGAAAUGAGAACAUGAUCAUUCGGUAG